UUUCCUGCAGCGUGCUUUACGGUACCGGAGAAGAAGAAGGAGAAGCACGCCGCUCCCCUCCGUUGGUCACGGAAUCAGUGUUGUGACAUUGCGCGCCUGCUUCUUAUUUUCUAAAUGGACCGAAGGGGAUGUGACUGAAAGCAGUGUGUAGUCUGCGCGCGUGUAACCGAGUUGGAUUUAAACCUGACCCUGAGAUGAAUCACACUGCCCCGGUUGAUGCGCUCAUCUCCUCCGUCUUCUGGCUUCGGGGGCACUAAAGAUGCGGCUGAUAGCGCGGGUACCUGUCCUGGUUUCACACCGGUUCGGUUUGUCCCGGUAGACUGAUCCCGUCCGGUGCUGCGGUUUCCAAAGGGGCGAGCUGAGUGAUUUUUUUUCUUUCUUAACCGGAUCCGUCACCAGCAGCCUGCCAGAUGGAUAACUACUCUACUUUACAACUGCAGUGUCUGGAAAUGACCACUAAACGGAAGCUGAUUGGCCGGCUGGUGCCGUGCCGUUGUUUCCGUGGUGAAGAGGAAGUGAUCUCAGUGUUGGACUACUCCCACUGCAGCCUGCAGCAGGUCCCCAAGGAAAUCUUCAGCUUUGAGAGAACUCUGGAGGAGCUCUACCUAGAUGCCAACCAGAUUGAGGAAUUACCCAAGCAACUCUUCAACUGCCAGGCCUUGAAGAAGCUGAGCAUGCCAGAUAACGACCUGUCCAACCUGCCCACCACCAUCGCCAGCCUGGUGAACCUGAAAGAGCUAGACAUCAGUAAAAACGGAAUCCAGGAGUUUCCAGACAAUAUAAAAUGCUGUAAAGGCUUGUCUGUGGUGGAAGCCAGUGUCAACCCCAUCACCAAACUCCCAGAUGGUUUUACGCAGCUCCUGAAUCUGACCCAGCUCUUUUUAAACGAUGCCUUCCUGGAGUAUCUGCCUGCUAACUUUGGGAGACUCUCCAAACUACGGAUCCUGGAGCUGAGGGAGAACCACCUGAAAACAAUGCCAAAGUCCAUCCACAGACUGACACAGCUCGAGAGGCUGGAUCUGGGUAGCAAUGAAUUUUCUGAAGUGCCGGAGGUGUUGGAACAGAUCCACAAUCUGAAGGAGCUAUGGCUUGAUAAUAACUCUCUGCAGACUAUACCAGGGUCAAUAGGGAAGCUCCGUCAAUUGCGGUACUUGGACUUGGCUAAGAAUCGUAUCGAGACAUUGGACGCGGACAUUUCGGGCUGCGAGGCUUUGGAAGACCUGCUGCUUUCCUCCAACAUGCUGCAGCACCUUCCUGACUCUAUAGGAAUGUUAAAGAAGCUGACAACACUAAAGGUAGAUGACAACCAGCUAACCUCACUGCCUAACACCAUUGGGAGUCCGAAGCCCAAGCAAGGUCUGUCUCUACUGGAGGAGUUGGACUGUAGUUGUAAUGAGUUGGAGUCGCUGCCUCCCACCAUCGGCUACCUGCACAGCCUGAGAACCUUCGCUGCCGAUGAGAACUUCCUCUCAGAGCUGCCCCGCGAGAUCGGUAACUGCAAGAACGUGACCGUCAUGUCACUGCGGUCCAACAAACUGGAGUUUCUUCCUGAUGAGAUCGGACAGAUGACCAAACUGCGAGUCCUUAACCUCAGCGACAACAGGUUAAAGAAUCUACCGUUUACCUUCACCAAGCUGAAGGACCUGGCAGCUCUGUGGCUCUCUGACAAUCAGUCCAAGGCUCUGAUCCCACUGCAGACAGAAGCCCACCCAGAAACCAAACAGAAGGUUUUGACCAACUACAUGUUUCCCCAGCAGCCGCGACACGAUGAGGAUUAUCAGUCGGACAGCGACAGCUUUAAUCCUACGCUGUGGGAGGAGCAGAGACAACAGAGGAUGACUGUGGCCUUCGAUUUUGAGGACAAGAAAGAAGAGGAAGACAACUCUGGGAAGGUCAAGGUGGAGAUAAACCUAAAGCGCUAUCCCACGCCCUACCCUGAGGACCUGAAGAACAUGGUUAAGUCAGUGCAAAGUCUUGUGGGCAAAAGCGUACAUGCCGGACACGCCGGUCACGCCGGUCACGCCGGUCACGCCGUACACGCCGGACACGGGCACCAGCACCAGCUGAGCACAGGCACCGCCACCUCGGCAGGAACCAACAUGGAACAUACACACCUCAGCAAAGAGCCAUAUGAACCACCGUGGCCCCUGCCUCCUAAAGAGGUGACAGACAGAGAGAUGCAGGACUUCUCUCAGACUCAGCUAAUGGAUCAGGGACCAAUGCAUAACUCUGGCAUCGAUAUUCCUAAGAGGAAGGACAAAGAGGACUUGACAGAGAGCUCUGAGGAUUCAAUGGGCGGCUCUCCGAACGACAUCCGUAUCUCUGACAUGAGGCCCACCCUGGUGGAGCCACCAAUGUACAAACCAAAGGUGGUGUUGCUGGGGAAGGAUAAGAAAGAGUCUACAGAUGAAGAGGUUGAUAAACUCCACUGUCUGAACCACAGCGGCUCGUCGGCCACCUACUCCGAUUACUCUCCCUCGCAGGGCUCCUCGGGCUCCUCCAACCCGCCCGGCAACACGCACUCACACACGCUGUCGCACGGACACCCCCACAAUCCCGCCCUACCGCCUCCCAGCAAGGACCAGGCCCCUCAGACGCACUGGACCAACAGACUUGCCCAGUCAUUUCCCAAGCCCAUUGACUCCAAGCCCCUGCUGUCUCAGAGAGAAACUCCUCCAUCAGGAACCCUGCAGCAACGCGGGGAUCGGCGUCCACUUAGUGAGCCUUUUGACUGGGUUGACGCACCUCACUACGACAACACGGGUUUCGAUGCAGAGGAGUCUUCUCUGGACCCUCCUUCAUCUACCACCAGUCAGGGAAACCCGCCACUGGGCUCUAAGCCUCGCAGCUCAUCAACACACGGCCGCCGCCCCCUCCUUAGGCAAGACCGAAUUGUAGGGGUCCCAUUGGAAUUGGACACCCAGACGCUCCCCUUCCACGGCAACCAACGACCCAACCAGGACAAUGACUCGCAAUCCUCCGGACAUCCUUCCCAGAAUCCCUGGCAGAAUUGGACCAGGACCCCAAGCCCCCUGGAGGACAGAACCGCAUUUCCUUCCAAGCUGGACCUUACACCUACUUCCAGCCCCAAUCCUGAUCGCAAGGACAUGGAUUCAAGGCUUCAGCAAAGCACAGUGCCUUUGCCCGGCAGCUGGACAUAUCACGACAAUGAGGGGGAGCAAAACAGGAAGGAUCAGCUCAGUGUAGGCGGGGUCAACAAGGUGACCGUGGUGAUGAGUAAAAGCUCAGAUCGCCUGUCCCCCAUGAUGAAGGAGACGAGAUCCAAGUUUAAGAAGUCACAGAGCAUAGAUGAGAUUGACAUUGGCUCCUACAAGGUCUACAGCAUUCCCAUGGACAGCUAUAGUUCAUCCAUUGAGCAGCAAACUAGUUUGGACCGUCCAGAGCUCCCCGGUUCUAUGGAGCAGACCAACAUGUCACGGUCACAGUCUGCCCCCAUGUUAGAUGAGGAGAUGGGAUACCCCGGACACGGAUCUGGUGACCAAAACCAGAGACAGAACCAAAAACCUGCCAUCCCACAAAAGGCUUACCACUUUGACCACAACUACAACCCGCAGGUGACCAUGGAUCGCCGGGUCCCUCCCCCUUUCCCAAACACACCAGAUUAUGUCAACCACUCAUCGAAGGCUUUGGAGUACCUCAACCAACCAGGGAAGACACUACCCAAAGAGCUAGUGAGCCCUCGGUAUCGUGCAUAUCCACCCUUGGAGAUGUUUUCUUUCCCCCAGUUGCCAAUCAACCAAGAUGGCCAGCAGCAGCAGCCAAUCCCAAGUCAGCGCUCCAGACCAGGAUUUCUAAGAAGAGCGGACUCACUGGUGAGCUCUACGGAGCUCGCCUUGUUCCGACGGGUUCAUGAAGCUCAGCAGGAGGCGCUCCAAGAGUCUCAGUACAGACAACAGGCGGAUCCCCCUCUUUAUGGCCGGGCUGUCUACUCCACCCCCAUGGAGCACUCCGCGAUGAGUAAUAUGGCCGACAACCAGAGUCAGAUGCUGCACAACAAGAGAAACGGUCGUUAUGACGACGACUACCCCACUUACCAGGAGCAGAAGAAGCCCAUGAUUGGUUAUCCAACCAAGAGCCUGACUCAGCGGCGUCCCCUGUCUGCCAGAAGUUAUAGCACCGAGACCUACGGAGCAUCUCAGGCACGUCCGGUGUCCGCCCGUCCCACCAUGGCCGCCCUGCUAGAGAAGAUGCCACCUGACUACACCCUGGCAACCUGCCCCGAGAAGCCACCCGAUGACACCAUCAAAGUAAGACCUGUUGUACCCCAGAAACCUGAAGACAUCACCUCCAAGAUGCCUGCCGACUGGAGGCAACAGCUACUCAGGCACAUAGAGGCGAAACGACUGGACAGGAGUGGUGUCCUAAAGCACAACACGCUCACGCUGGGCAUGCUCUGUCAGGGCGGGGGUCACGGCCAGGGGCGCAGCAGCACUUUGAACUUUAACCUUUACAAUAACACUAAGCAUGAGCCCCCUGCUGGCCGCUGGCUGCCACUACCUCCACCUCCGUCUGCUAACGCUACCCCGUCUCAGCAGGGUGGCGUGCUGGACAAUGACCAGGAAGGGGUGUCAGGAAGCAACCAGUGGGCUCCCUAUUCACUAGGCAGGAGGGACGUCCCACCUGACAACCUGUUAAAAAAGAGCGCCCAUUCCCACAACCCUUCCCAUCAAUCACACAACACCAUGAUCGUCACUUCCUCUUCCUCCUCCUCGGCCACUACACCUCAUCGUGUGGUGGGUCAGCAGGGCUACGAUGGGAUGAUGAACAAAGGAGGCCAAUACAACCAAGGGAUGCAGCUGUCAGUGGUUCCGUCUGGGGGGCCGGGACAGUACCAAGGCAACAUGUCCCAGGCCCCUGGACAGGCCUACCCCAGCGGUGGUCUGCCUAUGGCCCUGUCCCAAUCCGGAAACCAACCCCAGUACAACCCCCAUACCUCUCACACCUCCCAUCAGCCCGCUACCAAUCCUCAGUACCAUGUCAACCAGGGCAUGGGCCAUAGCAACCAGGUCGUUAUGACCACCCACACCAACCCACGGCCUCAGAGCGCUCGCUGCCUGUUGCAGACUAAAGGCCAGAAGAGCACGGAUGGUUUUCAGGAGCAGGGUAUCUUUGUUACUAGGGUACAGCAUGACGGGCCUGCCGCCUCCGCCCUGCAGCCCGGAGACAAGAUACUGCAGGCUAAUGGACAUAGUUUUUUACACAUGGAGCACGAGACAGCCGUCUCUCUGCUGAAGAGUUUCCCGCGGACGGUGGACUUGGUGGUUCUGAGAGACAGCAGCACGCGCUAAAAUAGUUUUUAAAAACAAACAAAACAAAUACAGCAACGCUUCUCUACUCUGCUCAUCGCCAUCCCACGCCAUCCCACCUGCCCUCCUCUGGAGGUUUAUGGAACUGAAAAUUGAGCCACAUUUUUCCCCCCUUUUUUUUGGUGGUUUUUUUAAAACAUUUUUAAGGGAACAGUCAGACAUUUAUUUGCCUAUUGCUGGACCAAAGGCAAAUACCAGUGCCAAAUGUACCAUAGGAAACAUAUCGGCUCUUCUGUCUACCGGCGGUCAGCGAUCUGAUCUGAUCGACGGCUGGACGGACCGCAAGAGGACUAUACACUUUAAAGUUCCUACAGGGCUGCUGCAGUUUGGAUUUUGUGGUUGGUUUGUGAUUUAAGCUGCCAUCUGAGCGGUCAGUCUGAGUAGUUUUUGUCGGUUAGUUAGAUUUUGGGAUAUUUUUCUUUCUUUUCUCCACUGCCGUCCAUUGUGAAUUUAAAGUAUUUUGUUUGGUGUAGCACAUGGUUCACUUUCCUUGUUCUUCACAGCUUUAUUAUUUCUUUCGCAUCUUCCGUCUUUUUUCCCCACUUCUCAGUCCUUUUUCUAUCACCGUCUUUGAUUUUCAUACUCCUCCGAUAUAUUUUUUGUUCUGUUCUGCAGGUUAUUGCCUCCACUGUACAGAAAUUGAAACUUAAGACUCUGCCUUGUGUACAUACAUAGAGAUUCAGCUUGUUAGAACUCUCCUUGGGGCCUGAGCAGACAGCUCUUAAAAGUUUAUGAUUCAUAUGAUUAUUGUUGAUAAACUAUAUUCUCAAUUCCCUCCUGUGGAAAUACAGGGGUCGUUUCUUCAAAUGGUUUUCUAAAGAGUAUAUCACCGUUUUAUCUGUAUAGAAAACACUUUUCAUAGUUCAUCACUGCUACUUUUUUCUUUUCUCUUAAAAAAAGCUGUUGCUUGCACAGCUGUGCUGAAAGGAGCUAAAGCAAUAUUUCUGAGGCUCGGCCCAUUGAGCUUUUCAGCAGAGCCUUACUUGUCCUGCAGUGCCAUCUAUUGAGCAAGUCAUGCUAAUGUUUACACACACUGCCAUGCACAUAAACUAACAGGCAAAUACACACAUAAAAUUACACAUAUCUAUUCUCUGCAAUGUUGCAUAAUGCAUCCCUCAUUUUAGAAUAUCAUUUCCAUUAUAAAACUGGUCCAUUAAUAUUAACGGUGCCAUCUUUUUAAAGUCCUGUCUUAUGUUGUGCAGUGAUGUCACAUCCCUUUUGAGGUGUUUAUAAAGUCACAGCAUGCUUUUACAUCACUGGACACUGACAGAUAGCCAUUUUCUGUUGGCUUCUAGCCGUCUCUACUUUCUAGAAGACUCUAGACGUAUUAAAGCACUAAGUGCUGCUUGUUGAUCUGUGCCAUAUGCAGCCUCCUCGGCUGUAUUUACAACAAUAUCAGAGCUUUACCUCUUUGUGGCCCAGAACUGAUCGGCACACACUAAAAUCAAAAACGUUGCUUCAGUGAGCCGGUAAGCUGUUCUAUAGUCGUUGACCCGGCUUCAGCAUCUCCUCUGCUGAAGUCUCCUGACCUUCGGCCUUCCUGUGGAAAGCAGUGUGAGACACUAAUGCCCCUACAAGCAUCUGCAAGGUUUCAUUUUAGGAGGAUAAAUCAGAUAUCGUCUCUUUUUUUGACAAUCGGGGAAACUGAUCUGAUUUGUGUCACAUGUGCUUUCGGUUACACUUGAAUUGUCGAGGAGGUGCUGAUUGAUACUCGGCAUACACGGAAGGCUUGCUGAAUUUGCUGGUAAAUGCUCAAACUAUUUAAAAGAGCAGGGAAAAUGAAAGUUACGGUGGACCUGAUGGGUCAACAGUACUGCAAUUUAAGAAAACAUCUGCUAACAGAAAAAUGCUACAAAUGGUCACAAAAAAAAAACCUUGGAAAACACAAUGGAAGUGCAUUAGGGGAGAUAAUAAUGUGACAGAACCAAAACUUGCGAAGGGUUGCACCGACACACGCUUAAACGAAGUGGAGGAUUCUUGUGAGGGGAAAACAAAUGCAAGGUACUGUGUGUUUAAAUCGCAGAAUAACAUAAAUAUAUGUUUGCUAUUAGCUGUUAGCUUCUCACGUCGGCAGCUGUUCCGUCAUGCUAUUGUGUCCCCAAAACACUUCCGUUGUGUUUUGUGAGGGUUUUUUUGUUUUUUGUCUGAUUUUUAGCUUUUGCAGCCUUAUUCCAUUUGCCAAAGUUUCCUAAAAUUGCAGUGCAUUUGACCUCUCAGGGCCACCGUAGCAAUAGACUCUAUGUAAAAAAGCAAAAAGAGGAAAAAAACAAAACACCAAAACAGAGAUUGAAAGCCUUUGCUCUGUAGUCUGACUUUUAUAGUCAAGCUUGAGAAGAUGUACUGACUAAAAUACAGAGUCUCAUUCUUUUUGUCUUUAUGUAAAUGCACCAUGGGUCUUGAAGGCAUUUCAUGGCAGUGAGUUUUGUUCUGUUCUGCAUAACAUCUGAUGUUUCAUCCGGAGCGAACCAUCCUUCACUGUCCUUUUGAUUUCACUCGACAGGUACCCUUUUUGUGCCAACUCUCCAAGUACGAUUUCCAUCACUUUAUCAAUAGGAGACACAAAACGGCACAGUUUAAUCAUGUGGUUAGGAGAUUUAACCACAGGUACCUACCCCGACCCUAUUCAGAGUUUGAAAUAUCAAAGAUAUUGUGAUGAGAACAGAGUAAAAGGUUUGAUAAUAUAAUUAUUUUUUACUACAUGUUUCAGGUAAUUCUUUCUAAAUAUAUUGAUAUACCUUAGCUUUGCUCAAAAAUUGUGAUAUUUUAUAAUGACACUUAUAACAAAGUUAUGGAUGGAAGUACGCACAGUAUGACUUGGAGACCUACACAUGUACUAUCCAAAACUGUAUAAAAUGUAUUUCUACUGUAAUUGUGAAUUUGUGUUAUACAAAUAUAUAUUAUAUAUAUGUAUAUGACUAUUUAAAAAAAAAUUCAGUCAUUUUCUAUGUGUUUAAACUGCUAAAAGAGCUGAACAAAUGAGGGCGGUGUCACUGUACAUAGCUGUGAAUGAAAUCCAAUUUAAAAAUGACUCAUAUUGAUUGUGAAUGUACUCAUGCUUUCUGCAGUACCUACACCUACCCAACUUGAAUGCUGCUUCUUCUGUUGUGUGACAAAAAGUACUUUGACCUCCGAAGAGAGAAACGCUGUCGAGUUUAUAAGUUGGACAAAUUUUAGUGACGAUUUAACAGAAACUAUUUAUUUCUUUAUUUAUUUGCACAUGCAAGUUGAAAUCCUUCCAGUUUUAAGUUUGAGUAUUAAUGCGGAGAAAUGUAAUUGCCGAAGUAUAUAUAAUAUAUAUCAUGUGUUUAGAAUGCAUUUUGCAGACGCUAUCUGUACAUACUAUUUAAGAUACAGUUUUUACAAAAAAUAAUAUAUGUAUAAAAUUGAAAAAAUGCUGUGCAGCGAUUAUACUGGAGCCAUUUUGGGCUUUGGGACGUACCAUUUUUUCAGUAUAUAAGAAGUGUUUUGAAUAAUGUACUAAAGUCUCUAUUGUACAAAUAAUAAAAAUGUCACUAUUGGUAA